CCCACUCACAGCCUCACCCCUGGGGCGUCCUGGAGGCCAUGCAGCACCCACAGAGGCUCCUGCUGACCGUCCUGCUGCUGGCGUGGCCUCUGGACACGGCUGGUCGCUCCUGGAGCCGGUUGGAAGGGGGGGGCCAGGCGCUGGCUCAAUCCAGGCCCUACAUGGCUUAUGUGCAGGGCAGGGACGGUGGGUUCUGCGGGGGCUUCCUGGUGGCCCCCGGGUGGGUGAUGACGGCCGCGCAGUGCUCCAGCCACAGCCCUCUGACCGUCAUCCUCGGAGCCCGCGACAUCCAGAGGGAGGAGGAGAGCUGGCAGAAGCUCCAGGUGCAGAAGUGCCACUGCCACCCGAAGUACAGGAGGCGCGAGGAGGGGCACGACAUCCUCCUGCUGCAGCUGAAGGGCAAAGCCAUCGUGAAUGACCGCGUGAGGCCCAUCUCCUUCCCAAACGUGAGGGUUCCUGGGGGGGCGGUGUGCAGCAUCGCCGGGUGGGGGCACGCAGCCCCCAACGCUGCCCUCCGUGAGGCCAACGUCACCGUCAAAAAAGAAAGGGACUGCCUCGCCAUCUACCCCGGCCUCGCCGAGCACGUCCUGUGCGCCACCAGCGACAGCGAUGGGGUUCCCGAUGAGAGCUACACCGGGAGUCCCCUCGUGUGCAACAACAGAGCCUACGGGAUCUACUCCUACCCCUACCGGCAGCGCACGUCCUUCUACACGGACAUCACCCCCUACCUGCCCUGGAUCAGCCGCGUUAUGAAGUCUUGAGGUGGCAGUGAUUGCUUUCACCCCACGCGGCGCCCGAAGCUCUCCUGCUGCAGCCUCCAACCCCCCCCCCCCCCCCCCCCGGGGAAGUCUCCCUGCAGCCCCCCCUCCUUUGGGGGUCGGUGCAGAGCCCCAUCUACAGGGUGGGCUGCGCACCCAAAGGGGGGGCUGCAGCUCUGGGGACCCCGCCGGCGUCUCCUCCUCCCCGCUGUGUGACGGCCGGCCGGUUUCGUUCCCCACCCGUCGGUGACAUCCUCCCUCCUGUCCCUUCGUCGCCUCGCCCCGUUUCCCCCCUCCCGCUGUAGCUCUGUUGCGUUAAAGACACGAAACCAAUAAAGUGCCUCUGCUCUGA